UUUGCAAUUGCGAUCGCAAAUAACAUAUAUUGAUUGCGUUUGAGAGAAUUUUCAGGGACCUUACGCCACUGCUGAGCCGCGGAAGGCUUCACCAUGAACAGCGUGGCGCCUGCCCGGCCGUCGGGGAGUACCGGCCGGUCGUGGGUGCCCCAGUGCCUGAUCUGUGACCGCGCGCUGGCCGAGUCGGAGCUGGCCACCUCCCAGGACGUGCACGCGGCCUGUCCGGCUCAGCCAGACGUCUCGUUCCUGGAGAAGGUGCGCUCCGCCGCGCCGGUGGACGGCUGGCCAGACGGCAGCGCGCCCGGCGACCUUGUCUGUCCCCGCUGCGCCGCCUUCGUCAACGACAUCGUCAUCUACGAGAACAGGCUGGCCGACAUGACCAAGCAGCUGGUGGAGAUGGUGACGAACACCACCCAAAGGCGGACCACCUCUUCCAAGGCACUGAGAUCAUCUGCUUCAUCCGCUUCUGAGAAACCGAGAACUCGGCGACCGAGAAAAGCAACGCCCAAAAAGAGCAAGCCGGCUGACUCGGACACCGCUUUACACGAGACAGCGGAUGUCUCGGAGACGGACCAACAGCCGGAGGUCCUGGCGGACCCGCUGGCCGAUCUGGGGGACUCGGAUGACGCCGAUGACCCCACGGAACCCGCGGUCAACGUCGAGUCUGGGGAAAUGAGUGGACCGCAGGCAUCAGAUGCUCCAACAUCUGCUCAGAAGGACUGUACGUGGCUGGUGACGACAGAGCCCCCCGGGCGGCGGGGCCGCGGCAGUCGGUCCGCGCCCCGCUCGUCCCAGCCUCAGACCUGUCCGUACUGCCAGAAGCAGCUAUCCAGCUCGAGCUCGCUGCAGAAACACGUGCAGCUGCACACCAACGAGCGCCGGUUCCGGUGCACCACGUGCGACCGGGCGUUCAUGGACCGGCGAGCGCUCAGCCGCCACGAGGUGGACCACACGGGCGUGCGGCCCUUCUGUUGCUCCGUCUGCGGCAAAACGCUGCUCUCCAGCCACGCGCUACGCAUCCACCAGCGCAGCCACCUCGGCAUUAAACCCGCAGAGUGUCACGUGUGCCAGAAAAAGAUGUCCUCGGCGCAGAUGCUGCGUGAACACUUGCGUAUCCACACGGGCGAGCGGCCGUUCAGCUGUGAGAUAUGCGGCCGCACGUUCCGCACCGAGCGUAUCCUUUCCUCCCACCGGAGGACGCACACGGGCGAUCGGCCGCACGUGUGCGACGUGUGCGGCCGCGCGUUCAGCCAGCGCACGCCACUGACGGCUCACCUGCGCAGCCAUACAGCCGAACAGCUGGCGGCCGUGCGUCGUGAGAGGAUCGGCCGCACCGCCGUUCGCACCGCGCAGGGCAUCUUCGACGUCAGGGACGGCAGCUCGAUGCGUCAGCUGGUCACGGUCGGGCAGGGUACCGAGCGGGAGGGCGCACCUCAGGGGAUUGGAGGUGCGCCGGGUGUGCCUCCAGCGCCCUCGGCGGCGGUUCAGACCGGUGUCAGCGGGCCGAGCGAGACGUGCCUGACGCUGACCUCUCUGGUUCCCGUCUGUGAGUUCGGGUCCGCCGGUGUCGAGGGUACUGCUGGGAUUGUCGUACCUCUGCCCGAGCAGACACCAGCUUCGACGCUGGUCGUCACAGAAACUUUGUGAGCUGCAUGAUUUUGACGGUCGGUCUAAACUCUAAGUACCGCCGCGUCCUUUUUUCAUGGUUUAGCUAUCAGGUUUCUAAUCCGUGCAUGUUUGCAUGCGGGUAACUGAAGUGAUGUGAGAUUUAGGCGGGUGAAUUAACCUACAUGCAUGUUUUAGUAUCACAGUAUUGAUCUUUUACAUAUACUCGUAUAUAUCUGGGCACCUCUGUAUAGUCUCUCUUGAAAGUAUCGCGACUCCGAGGGAAGGCGCCACCUGUCCCAGCCGCGGUUGAGCGGAAAGGUUUGAGAGCCGCUGGUAGCACUGGCCGAAGCCUGACACGCGGAGGCAACCGGCGCAGCGGGCCGAGGGGAGUGGUUGCGGACUGCGGAGGGAUGGGGGGGGGGGUGGCAGUCGCCAUCCGGUAACUUGUGAUGGCAGCUAAGCAUAUGGUCAACGGAGGCCACCCUACUCGCAGAGGAUUUCUUGAGAUUUGUUUCAUUGCAAAGUUAGCAAUUUGACUCGUCAUCGGCACGACUGUCACCUUUUUUUGGGGGGGGGGGGGUAAAAUCCGGAAACUCGUGCCAAUAUACCCAAAAAUCAUCAGUUGCACCGCUAACAGAAUGCAUCCGUGCUUGCACAUGCACUCGUAAGCGAAUUCAAAAACAAGAAUUAUCUCUCUAGCCAGUUCGCACAUUCGCUGUCUAGCCAUUUAGUCCUAUAUUUGAAGUUCUCUCUUUUUAAUGAGCCGGUUAGUGAACGGCGACAAAAAAGAAAAAGUAAUGCUGUGCAGCCAUGUUCUUUUUAAAAACUUAUUUGAUGUCAGGCUCCCCCCCCCCCCACACACCCCGCAUGACCUGUUUACGUCAUUCAGAAGGCCUCAUUAUAGUAAGGGUUAUGGCGGAACUUCGCUUCGUUGUGAUUUUACGCGUCACACACACAGAGUGAUUGGCGCCCAGAAAGGCACACCAAUGAGCGCCCGGCUGGUGAGCCCAAGAGGCACCGGUAUCCGCCUGGGGCGGUGGACGGGGUCAAGGGAGAGCGAUACGAGCAUGACCUUUGGCCGGCCUCCGCCUGUUUUGACCCAGUUGUCAGCCGCUGGGGCCUGCGUCAUAUAGCAGUUUUCCUUCUACCGCUGGCGUGAAAUCGUGUUACAGCGUACUUUUUAUGAUACAGGCCAUGACCUCCCUACUG